AUGCUAGAAGAUGUUUUACAUAGAGAUCUUCAUUCUAAGAAUAUCCUUAUUCAUAAUAAUAAUGCAAAGAUUACAGAUUUUGGUAUUUCAAAAUUUGGAAAUAAUUCUACUACACACAUCGGACCUUGUGACAAAAAUAGUGCAACAAUUUGUGCUAUUAUUAUUAACAACAAAGCUCGUGAAAAUACUAUACCGGAUACUCCUAUAGAUUAUGAAAACCUUUAUAAAAAAUGUUGGGAUCAAGAACCCGAGCAAAGACCAACUAUUACAGAAAUAUUAGAAGAAUUCUCAAGAAUGAGUUUCAUAAAUAAACCGAUUAAAAUGAAUAUUAAUAUGAUUGAAUUGAUUAAUAACAAAUUAAAUAAUAAAGUAAAAAUCAUACAUUUUAAUGAGUUAAUUGAAUUAAAACCACUUGAUGAAGGCGCCUUUGGUAGUAUCAUAAAAGCAACUUGGUCAAAAACAAAUAAUUAUAUUGUCUGUAAAAAAUUAAAAACGCAAAUGUUUAAGCGCGAUGAUGAAAUAUUAAGUGCAUUUAUUUAUGAGUUAAAAAUUCAUUUGCAUCUUAAUCAUAGUAAUCGAAUUAUUCGUUUCUUAGGUAUUAGUCAAGAGCCUGAUCAAAGACCAAUUAUUAAAGAAGUAUUGGAAAAGUUUUUGAAGAUGGGCUGUGGAAAGGAGGUUGACGUUGAAACAGCCAAAAACAUAGAUGUAAACACAAAUAAUUUAAAAGAAGAAGAAGUUUUAGAUAAUAGAAAUUCUGAUUCUGUUGGCGAUAUUCACCUUGAUACUUAUGCGGAUUUAAGUGCAACUCAACAACUCGACUUUCCCCCUGCUAUAUUAGCUGCUUGCGUGGAAGUGAAUGUUCAGUUAAAGCUGGUGAAAACUUUAAUCAAACGGUGGAAGUUGAACUUGAAAACAAUCUGA